CUCAAGAAAUUUAUUUGCUAUUGAAUAUAAAUUUCCCUUUUUAUUUCUCCCUUUACUUUUUUAUUAUAAUCGCAAAAAGAAAAUUCAAUAGUUCUUGUAAGCGCAACGUGUAAGUAGAGACAUACACACAUUUGUAGUGUUUUGUUUUGUAUAAUAACAUCAUCAUAUUGAGAGAGAAGAAAUCAAGACGCCAUAUUGUUUUAAAAACCGGGUCGGAUCCAAAAAAAAACCGUUUUCUUUAACCGGGUCGGCGCUCAUGGAGCUAUGCAAUCAAAACAACCACAUCACCGGCGAUCCGUUGAACUGGAACGCGACGGCGGACGCUUUGAAAGGGAGCCACUUGGACGAGGUGAAACGAAUGGUGGAAGAUUAUAGGAAAGGGGCGGUGAAGUUAGGAGGUGAGACGUUGACGAUUGGUCAAGUCGCCGCCGUCGCUAGAGGAGGAGAAGGAGGAGCUACGGUGGAGUUAGCGGAGGAGGCUCGUGCCGGAGUCAAGGCGAGUAGCGAAUGGGUGAUGGAGAGCAUGAACCGAGGAACCGACAGCUAUGGAGUCACCACAGGUUUUGGUGCUACUUCCCAUAGAAGAACUAAACAAGGCGGUGCACUUCAAAAUGAGCUUAUUAGGUUCUUGAACGCCGGAAUAUUUGGCACUGGCGCCGGAGACACGUCACACACGUUGCCAAAGCCGACGACAAGAGCGGCAAUGCUCGUCCGUGUCAACACUCUCCUCCAAGGCUACUCCGGUAUACGCUUCGAGAUUCUCGAAGCCAUUACAAAGCUUCUCAACCACGAAAUCACUCCGUGCCUCCCUCUUCGUGGCACCAUCACGGCCUCCGGUGACCUUGUCCCUCUCUCUUACAUCGCCGGACUCCUCACCGGCCGUCCCAACUCCAAAGCCGUGGGUCCCUUCGGUGAGACUCUCACUGCCUCUGAGGCCUUUAAGCUCGCGGGAGUAUCGUCUUUUUUCGAGCUUCAGCCUAAGGAAGGACUAGCACUUGUGAACGGGACAGCGGUUGGAUCGGGUUUGGCCUCGACGGUUCUGUUCGAUGCAAAUAUUUUGGCUGUUUUGUCGGAGGUUAUGUCUGCCAUGUUCGCAGAGGUUAUGCAAGGGAAACCGGAGUUUACCGACCAUCUUACGCAUAAACUCAAGCACCAUCCCGGUCAGAUCGAAGCAGCCGCGAUUAUGGAACAUAUAUUGGACGGAAGCUCUUACGUUAAAGAAGCUCAACUUAUCCACGAAAUGGAUCCUCUUCAAAAACCUAAACAAGAUCGUUGCAGGUACGCUUUACGUACGUCGCCUCAAUGGCUUGGCCCGCAGAUUGAAGUGAUCAGAGCGGCCACUAAAAUGAUUGAGCGUGAGAUCAACUCGGUUAACGAUAACCCUUUGAUAGAUGUGUCGAGGAACAAGGCUUUGCACGGCGGGAAUUUCCAAGGGACACCGAUUGGUGUCGCCAUGGAUAAUUCUCGUCUAGCCAUUGCUGCGAUUGGGAAACUCAUGUUCGCCCAGUUUUCUGAACUAGUGAACGAUUUCUACAACAAUGGUUUGCCUUCUAAUCUAUCCGGUGGGAGAAACCCUAGUCUUGAUUACGGAUUUAAAGGCGCGGAAAUAGCUAUGGCUUCUUAUUGCUCCGAGCUCCAGUUCUUGGCUAAUCCCGUGACCAACCAUGUCCAAAGCGCAGAGCAGCAUAACCAAGAUGUUAAUUCCCUAGGGCUGAUCUCGAGCCGGAAAACCGCAGAAGCAGUCGAUAUCCUCAAGCUAAUGUCCACGACCUAUUUAGUCGCGCUGUGCCAAGCCAUUGAUCUAAGACAUCUUGAAGAGAAUCUGAAGAAAGCAAUUAAAUCUGCAGUGAGUCAGGUGGCGAAACGGGUCUUAACCGUUGGGGUCAAUGGUGAGCUACAUCCUUCGAGGUUCACUGAACGCGAUGUUCUCCAAGUGGUUGACCGAGAGUAUGUGUUCUCAUACGCAGACGAUCCCUGCAGCCUCACUUACCCGUUAAUGCAGAAACUUAGACACAUUCUUGUAGAUCACGCUUUAGCGGAUCCAGAACGCGAGGCCAAUUCCGCGACAUCAGUUUUCCAGAAAAUCGGAGCCUUUGAGUCCGAGUUGAAACUGCUUCUCCCUAAAGAAGUGGAACGUGUCCGGGUUGAGUACGAGGAAGGAACCUCGGCUAUAGCUAACCGGAUUAAGGAAUGUCGGUCUUAUCCGCUGUACCGGUUUGUCCGCAACGAGCUAGAUACUGAACUGCUCACUGGAGAGAAUGUUCGGUCGCCGGGAGAGGAGUUCGAUAAAGUGUUCUCGGCGAUUUCUGAUGGAAAGCUUAUUGAUCCGUUGCUGGAAUGUCUCAAGGAGUGGAACGGAGCUCCGAUUCCGAUCUGUUAAAAAUCUUUUUUUAUAGAUCUCCAUCCAAGAUUCUUACCAACUUUUUUUUUAAUUUACUUUUAAAGGAUUUGUGUGUUUAUAUAUUUCUUGAUUUCCACGACAUUGAACAUUGUCAAGAAUUUGAAUUCUAUAAGAUGUUUGUUUGUAUGUUGAAUGCUGUGUCUUUUUAGUAUUCUUUUGAUCCAUUAUGAUUUUAAAAAUCGCAAUGGAGUUUGUUGUUAAGAAUGUGUUGGUAUAGUGGGGAUUGGACCAAUUU